AUGAGUACUAAAGCUGUGAAAAACACUGUCAAAAAAACGUCCGCCAAAUCAGCGAGUAAACAGGUAGAAUUCAAAUAUGCCAGAGAUACGAAGUGUAAAUUCAAGUUUGGAGCCCAUGUUGCUAUGGCAGGAGGUAUUUCUAAAGCGUUGACCAAUGCAAUGAACAUUGGGGCUAAUAGUUUUGCAUUAUUUUUGAAAUCUCCAAGAAAAUGGGUUUCUCCAGACAUCAAGGAAGAUGAAGUUGCAAAGUUUGCAGAAUUAUGUCAGAAAUACGGGUAUAACCCAAGAACAGAUAUCUUACCUCAUGGAUCUUACUUUAUAAAUUUGGCCAAUCCUGACGCAGAGAAAGAAGAGAAGGCAUACGGCUCUUUCUUGGAUGACUUGAAGCGUUGUGAGAAGCUAAAUAUCGGAUUAUACAAUUUCCACCCUGGAUCUAGCUUGGAUGGAGACCAUAAGGAAGCAUUGAAGAGACUUGCUGACAAUAUAAAUAGAGCAAUUAAGGACACCGAGUUUGUGAAGAUUGUUAUCGAAAAUAUGGCUGGACACGGGAAUUUAAUCGGUUCAAACUUGCAAGACAUCAAAGACGUCAUUGACAUGGUGGAGGACAAAACCAGGGUUGGUGUCUGUAUUGACACCUGUCACACAUUUGCUGCCGGAUACGAUAUUUCAAACCAAGAAAAGUUUGAUGAGUUCUUCAAGUUGUUUGAAGAUACCAUUGGCUGGGAAUACUUGAGCGCAAUUCACUUAAACGACUCCAAGGCGCCGUUGGGAGCCAACAGAGACUUACACCAGAAGUUAGGCUACGGGUUUCUAGGAUUAGAGGUAUUCAGAAUUAUUGCCAAUUUUCCCAAGCUUCAAAAUAUCCCCAUAGUUUUGGAAACACCGGUCGAUAAAGAUGACACAGUUUAUGGCGAAGAGAUCAAGCUACUCGAAUGGCUACAAGAUAAGAAACUGGAUGACGUGGAAUAUAUAGCCAAACUGGAGGAGUUGUCGAAGCUUGGUGCGAAGGAGAGAGCCGAACACCUAAAGAAAUUCGAAACAAAAACCUCCAAGACAGCAAAGGCAAAUGCCAAGAGAGCACUCCAAGGCGACAUUGGUGACAUGUUAUCGAAGAAGAAGAAGACUUAG